AUGUCCGAUCGACCAUCUUCCUCCCUGUACAGGGCUCUUGAUCCGGUCAUCAAUGAAAUACGCCUCCUAACAGCCAUCGCCGUCGACGCCGAGGACCGCGUAACCUGUCGUCUUGUCACGGUCCCCAUUCACGAGUGUCCUCCGUACGCUGCACUCUCCUACGUCUGGGGCCAAGCGACCGAUCCGGAAGAAAUCCAGGUCGACGGCCGAGCCUUCCAGGCCACCCCGAGUCUAGCCCGGGCCCUGCGCUACGUUCCCCGUCAUUGGCAAACCAAAUAUCCCGGGCGUGCGUUGGCAGAGCUUCGGCUCUGGGCGGAUGCCGUAUGUAUAAACCAGCGUGACCUGGAGGAGAGGUCGCGGCAGGUGCGGCUCAUGGGCGACAUUUUUUCCGGUGCAGAGCUGGUCGUGUGCUGGAUGCCAGACGGGAUCAGCCAUUCCUUAGAUCCUCAAACCUUCAGUGAAAACAUGCAGGAUGACGUCCUGAGCACCGCAUUCCAGACCCUCGAGCUUAUCAAUAGGGAGCUAAGGUUGGUGGAGCAAGAAGCUGGCGUUAACUUGAAGAGACUACACAAGACGCUACACUGGCAUGGCAUCGGUUUUGAUGAUGAGAGACUGGUCCAGUGGCUUGCAAAGUACCCCGAGUUGAUCAAGACUGCCCCUGGUAAUACAUGGACGGCUUGGAACAAGAAUUGGGAGGCAGUCAAACACCUUGCCGAUCUGCAGUAUUGGAAGCGAGUGUGGAUUUUUCAAGAGAUUGUCCUGUCCAGGGAGGCACUACUGAUGUGCAAGUCCAGCUGCACAUCGCUGACCGAGACCGUCGAUCGUGUAUACCGCUGGUUCGAUUGGCUACAAAUGUGCAGUCUCCCGACUCCCAGCUUCGUCUUCUCCGACUUCUGGGAAUCUCUGGUAUCAGGCUACGCCGUGUCCGCAGCUGUAGUCCGCCUGACCCUUGACCCGUGGAGGCGAAGGGGUAUUGGAGCCCCCAUACAAUCCUGGGAUAUGUUUCGCAUGACUAGUCUUUCGCUGGCCGCGACCAACCCGAAGGACAAGGUGUAUGGUAUGCUUGGUGUAACUGGUAUUGACCUUCGGCCGGACUAUUCCGAUCAGACAUCUGUUGCUAAGGUGUUCCGCGACAUGACCGCAGCCUGGCUGCAAGACUACGCAUCUACAAAGGAGGAUACGGCUUCCAAAGUUGUGGGGUCUGGGUCGAGGGAGCUGUGGUUCCUUAGAUACGGUGGACUGAGACAUUAUUGUGAGCAUGCCGACUGCCAGCACUGGUCCUCAUGGACGCCUAAUUUCCUGCACUACGAUCACGAAAUGGACGACUACCUUUAUUUCCACACGGGCAAUGCCGACUACAGCGUAUUCUCAGACGAACAAAACCAGGAAUUGAGCUAUAUACAGGACUCCUCCCUUUUCGUCACUGGGUUACACGUUGACUGCGUCCACGAGACGUAUCCUCAAAUCGUCAAGGUCAGCGACUUUUCUGACUUGAUCUCAGGUCUAUUCCGGAACAAUGCAUCCAAAUAUUCGGGGGUGAGGCCUAAAAGACGCCUACUGCGGGAUCUCUUCGAGCUUCUUUUCUGGGAGAACCUGAGGGGCUCGAUACUCGAUGCCCGGCUGCAUGUAUCCGACCCCAUUUCUUUCAACUAUCUUGAGUUUGCCUUCCUUUUUGUAUGGGCCAUGAUUAGUACGAAGUCAAAGUGGAACCACGACCGUGAUGCAACUGCGCUGUCCUGCACUCCCACAUUUAAUGGGGGGUCUCAGUAUCGUACUGCAAUUGAGACAUUGGGACUCGAAUCAGACACGAACGCGGGAUUUGUAUUUUCCUUGCGCGAGACAUUCCUGGAUCUAGAGGAGGUUGCCGAGGAGGAAUUGGGAGUGAGAAGUGGCUCAGAUUAUGAUGAAGUCCCCUCUUCAUGGCUUCAGGCGCUGGUGGAUUCCGAGGCCACUGGUGGGAUGCCGAAGGACUCGGACGGCACGCUCGCCGUCCAUCUGCGGCGAAUCACCGACCAAUUAGAGGGUUUUGCGAUGCGACGUGCUUGCCUGUUUCUGACAUCACGCGGGAAUUUCGGGCUUGGUCCCAGAAGGACCAUAACCCGUGGGGAUGCCUUGUGCGUUCUGAAAGGUUGGGAAAGCGUUGCGGCUUUGAGGGAGACCGGGGACCACUUCAUAUAUGUUGGUGGGACCAAGGUCCAAGGUAUGAUGGAGGGACAAGCUGCACAGCUCUUGGAAGAUGGGCUAGCAGAGGUGCGACAGUUUGAGCUCAAGUAG